AUGGGUAAGGAAGACAAGACUCACAUCAACAUCGUCGUUAUCGGCCACGUCGAUUCCGGCAAGUCCACCACCACUGGUCACCUGAUCUACAAGUGUGGUGGUAUCGACUCUCGUACCAUCGAGAAGUUCGAGAAGGAAGCCGCUGAGCUCGGUAAGGGUUCCUUCAAGUAUGCCUGGGUUCUGGACAAAUUGAAGGCCGAGCGUGAGCGUGGUAUCACCAUCGACAUUGCCCUCUGGAAGUUCCAGACCAGCAAGUUCGAGGUUACCGUCAUUGAUGCCCCCGGUCACCGUGACUUCAUCAAGAACAUGAUCACUGGUACCUCCCAGGCCGACUGCGCUAUCCUCAUCAUCGCUUCCGGCACUGGUGAGUUCGAGGCUGGUAUCUCCAAGGAUGGCCAGACCCGUGAGCACGCUCUGCUUGCUUUCACCCUCGGUGUGCGUCAGCUCAUCGUCGCUCUUAACAAGAUGGACACCUGCAAGUGGUCCGAGGAGCGUUACAACGAGAUUGUCAAGGAGACCUCCAACUUCAUCAAGAAGGUUGGCUACAACCCCAAGAGUGUCCCCUUCGUCCCCAUCUCCGGUUUCAACGGUGACAACAUGCUUGAGCCCUCCCCCAACUGCCCCUGGUACAAGGGCUGGAAGAAGGAGACCAAGGCCGGCGAGUCCACCGGUAAGACCCUUCUUGAGGCCAUUGACGCCAUCGAGCCCCCUGCUCGUCCCUCCGGCAAGCCCCUCCGUCUGCCCCUCCAGGAUGUCUACAAGAUCUCUGGUAUUGGCACGGUGCCCGUCGGUCGUGUUGAGACCGGUAAGAUCAUCCCCGGCAUGGUCGUCACCUUCGCCCCCGCCAACGUUACCACUGAAGUCAAGUCCGUUGAGAUGCACCACCAGCAGCUCAAGGAGGGUCUCCCCGGUGACAAUGUCGGCUUCAACGUCAAGAACGUCUCCGUCAAGGAGGUUCGCCGUGGUAACGUCGCUUCUGACUCCAAGAACGACCCCGCCUCUGGCUGUGCUUCUUUCAACGCCCAGGUCAUUGUCAUGAACCACCCUGGCCAGAUCGGUGCUGGUUACGCUCCCGUCCUGGACUGCCACACUGCCCACAUUGCUUGCAAGUUCGCUGAGCUCCUUGAGAAGAUUGACCGCCGUACCGGCAAGUCUGUUGAGAACUCCCCCAAGUUCAUCAAGUCCGGUGACGCCGCCAUCGUCAAGAUGAUUCCCUCCAAGCCCAUGUGUGUUGAGACCUUCACUGAGUACCCCCCUCUCGGUCGUUUCGCUGUCCGUGACAUGCGUCAGACCGUCGCUGUCGGUGUCAUCAAGUCCGUCGAGAAGAGCGCCGGUGGUGCCGGUAAGGUCACCAAGGCCGCCCAGAAGGCUGGCAAGAAAUAA